GAAUGCCUUUAGUUUUAGGUAUCAUCAGCAACUCGAUUAGCUUUCCGAAAAAUGUAAGUCACUACUUAACUUUUGACAGCACUAAUGGCAAUGGUAAAUGGCCAAAAAAAAAAAAAACCAGCCAAUUUAACACAAAGCAAUUCCCGCCAUUUUAAUCAUAUUCAUCCCUCCAAAAAUCUCAAAACCCUAACCAUCUCUCUCCCUCUUUCUUCAAAAAAAAAAUGGCGGAAGAAGAAGAAAAAACCUCAACAGAAACCCUAAAUCCCUCAUUUCCAAUAGGAAGAGUGAAAAAAAUCGUGAAAUUCGACAAAGACAUCACUAGAAUAUCCUCCGAAGCUCUAUUUCUCGUCUCAGGAGCUUCCGAGUUAUUCCUUGAUUUUCUGGCGGAGAAAUCGUUGGAAAUCGCAACCGAGAAGAAGCGGAAAAUUGUGAAGCUGGAUCAUCUUAGAAUCGCCGUUAAGAGACAUCAGCCAACUCGUGAAUUCUUGCUUGAUUCACUUCCGGUGUCUUUGCAGCCGUUGGAUCAACCUCCUGUUGAUCGGACGGUUAAGGAGAAGUCUGUUCUUCCGCGUAAUACUCGUCGUAUCUAUAGCUUCUUUCGAAAGCCGUUGGAUAAUGAUGAUUCAAGAAAUCAAGCUCAAGUUGGUGGUGAAAAUGACUAAAUGAGUCCUAGUGAAUAGUGAUUAUGAUGUAAUUUUGAGAGUGUUAAAAUUGGUGAAAUGUUUGUACUUGUGUGUUUCUAGAUUGUUGACAUUUUUAAUUGAAUGAUGAUAUCUUUUUAUGUUCUUAUUGA